ACUCGAAAGUGCGAAUGCUAAGUUACGAGCGAGCCUGUGCACAACGUCAUGAUCGUGCGCCACUUCUCACUUAAGCAAAGGGACAAGUCAAGUGAUGUGUAGCUACAUGUGAGCGUUUCUAUCGCUUUAGUAUGAGUUUAAAGUGAAACCUCACACAGUGGAAACAUGUCUGUGGCUUUGUCGCGCGGUCUCUGCAGGCUUUUGUCCCGACAGACCCCCCCGUCAAGCGUCCUGUCGGGAGAACAUCAUGCUGUCACAAUGAGUCCAUGGUUUGCCCCAGUGAUGACACUGAAGACAUCUGCUCCACUGAGAGCGGAGCCCAAAAAGAAGAAGAAAGUGGACCCAAGAAGGGAGCAGAUAAUGAGAGAGCGGCUGAGAAAAAAGCUGAAGAAGCUGGAAAAGAUUCCACCUGAAUAUAUCCCAAUAGAGGACUUCAUCACUCCAGCCAAAUGCUUUGAUGAAACAAGGGAGCGUUCUACACCAAGGCUGUCAUUUGAAGAAAGUGAGGGUCGAGCCCUGUUGCUGAAGGAGUGGAGUCAAUACAAAAAGGAGCAGCACAUGGCUGAAGUGCAGGCUGUUGAACUUGCUCUAGAAGCACAGAAGGAGGCACUGGAGGAGCUGAAGGUGGAGUCUGAGGAGCUUUACCAGGCAGCGCUGAAGCCAGACCCCCUUCUGUUUCCCUUCAGUCAUGAAGGUCCUGUCUAUACACCACCAAAGACCAAUUAUGAAGCUCCUGAUGGGAAAUACAACGACAUCACUAAAGUGUACACACAGUGAAGGACAUGGAAGAGCUGUGGGUGCAGCCUGUGUGUAUUGUUGUUUAUUUAGUGUGCGUCCUUGUUUGUACAUUAUACAAUAAACUAAGACGCAGCGUUUUAACAGUCA